UCCCUCUUCUCUAGCUCUGUCUCUCUCGCCUCGCAUCUCUCUCUCUCUCUUUCUCCUAUAAAUUAGGAUUCAAACUUCCAAGUUUCCCUAAGGACAGGUGGGAAGAGGAAAGGUGAAGGGCUUCUUCCUGCUUGUUUGCUGUAUUGUUGAAAGGCUUGGGGGUACGUUGGAGUUUGCGGGCAGUAAUGGGAGGCCAGCUUCGUGUGGUGUCGGAAGAGCUGAAGCCGGCGGGGGGAAUGGUUCUGGUUCAGCUGGUCUUCGCCGGUGUGAACAUCUUCUAUAAGUUAGCCAUCAACGAUGGCAUGGACAUGAGGAUCCUUGUAACCUAUCGUUUUCUCUUCGCUACUGCUUUUUUAGGCCCUCUAGCCUUCUUUCUAGAAAGGAAGAGUCGGCCAAAGAUAACAUGGAAGGUUUUAAUGCUGGCUUUCUUAUGCGGGCUGUUUGGGGGUGCAUUAGCUCAGAAUCUGUACGUCUCGAGCAUGAAGCUUACAUCAGCAACCUUUGCCUCAGCCAUGACUAAUCUCAUCCCAGCAAUCACAUUCAUUUUGGCUGUUCUAUUCAGAUUGGAGAGUUUAGGAUUCCACUCCAUUUCCGGACAAGCAAAGGUUUUGGGGACCUUGGUUGGGAUUGGUGGUGCCAUGCUUCUCACCUUCUACAAAGGAGUAGAUAUCAAUCUCUGGUCAACAAACCUCAACCUCCUCAACUCGGAGAGAGCUGCAGCACGACACCAAGAGCCUGGUAAUCACGUCAUGGGCUCAUUGCUGGCUGUUGCUAGUUGUGUCUGUUAUGCAAUCUGGUUAAUAAUUCAGGCAAAGAUGAUGAAAGAAUAUCCUUGUCACUACUCGAGCACGGCCUUGAUGUGUUUAAUGGGAACAGUUCAGAGCAUCAUUUUCGCGCUUUGUGUAGAGAAAGAUUGGGGCCAGUGGAGAUUAGGGUUUGAUAUUAGGCUGCUCGCCGUCGUUUAUUCAGGUGUGGUGGGAUCUGCAUUGAUCCUUACAGUUCUGGCUUGGUGCAUCAAGAAAAAGGGCCCGCUGUUUGCUUCUAUCUUUAAUCCUUUGAUGCUUGUCAUCGUUGCACUUCUGAGUUCACUUUUAUUGAAUGAGAAGUUGUAUCUCGGAAGUGUUUUAGGAGCUGUAUUGAUUGUAAUUGGGUUAUACAUGGUACUCUGGGGAAAAGGAAGAGAAGCAGCUGCGAAGGUAGGGGAGUUGCCUGCAGAUGAGUCCAUAGAUGUCAUCAUAGUUUCUGGAGACAAUGGUUUGCAAGAGCAAUGUUCAGGGCCUCGUGGUCCCUCCGAAUCAAAACAGUAGUUGCCUUCAAGUGUAGAAAACAAGACAAGGUUUUCUUGUUUUAAAUUUAAGUAGGAUGAGAUGCAACUUUGUAACAAGCAUUUUUCAGCUAUAUGGAACUGUUAUGUAAGGAAAUCUCAUUAAAUUUUUCCAAUUGGAAAUAGAAGGAACAUGAAAUUAUACCGUUUCUUUUCUUCCAGAAACAUGUAAUAGUCAUUGAUCUAUGAAAAUAAAA